AUGCCGAGAUCUGACGACCCAAACGAGCCUGCCUGGCCAUCUAGCUUUCUCCCGUCAGAUGAUUACGCCCGCGUACGGAAGUCACCUGGAGCUCCCAAGAAGGGCAACUUCUUCUCGAGACUUUUCAGAGGAGGCGACACAGAGUACUCUCGCAUCAAGCAGUCUCGCACGGAGCAACAACAGCCAAAGAGAGACAACUUCUUCUCCAAGCUCAUCGAUCGAGCCGCCGCCAGCUUCAAAAAGCAGAAGAAAUCCACCGCAUCCUUCUCAUCUCCCCAGAAGUUCUAG